AGAGGAACUCAGCAUUUCACGAACGUGGGCAAUCGACAGAGAUUGGGACUUGCUUGGAUUAUAUACGUGUUGUUCUUGGCUCUCAGCAUUGUUGUGUUUUUGAGGCAUUUGAGAAGAUGUUCAUGGCUUCUCUUGGGUAUUCCUCGCAUGGUGUUUCCUCUUACUUAGCUGGAGUUGCUGGCAAUCUCUUUGCUUUUGUGCUGUUUGUGUCACCAUUUCCUACGUUCAGGAGAAUUAUUGGGAACAAAUCAACUGAACAGUUCUCCGGAUUGCCUUAUAUAUAUUCUCUGUUGAAUUGCUUGAUUGUGUUGUGGUAUGGACUCCCCUGGGUGACCCCGGGAGGGGUUCUUCUUGUUGCGACGGUGAAUUCGGUAGGGGCUGUCUUCCAAUUAACCUAUGUGAUCAUCUUUAUCAUAUACUCUGAGAACUCGAGGAAGUUGAAGAUGUCCUCAUUUCUGAUUGCUGUUUUCUCCACCCUUGCUUUGGUCAUUUAUAUUAGCCUUGAGUUCUUCAAUGGCUCUGCAAGGCGAAACUUUGUCGGAUAUCUUAGUAUUGCUUCUCUCAUCUCCAUGUUCGCUUCCCCGUUAUUCAUCAUUAAUUUGGUUAUUAAGACAAAGAGUGUGGAGUUCAUGCCGUUCUAUCUUUCACUCGCGACCUUCUUGAUGAGCAUCUCAUUCUUCACUUAUGGGAUGUUGUUACAUGACUUUUUCAUAUAUCUCCCGAAUGGUAUUGGGACAAUACUCGGUAUUGUGCAACUGAUACUCUACAUGUACUACAGCAGUAAAUCGAUGGACUUAUCCCGAUUACCUCUGAUAGCAUCAUAUCGAUGAUUUUACCUGCAGAUAAGAUGUGUAGUUUUGUAUCGACUGCAGUUAUUCAUCGAGGAUUUAUCUGAAUAUUAUCAGCAUGAACACCACAAGAGGAUGAAUCAUUUUAUCGCAUUUCCUCGUUCCUUUUGGAUUGUGAUUGAUCUUUGUCUUCAAUGGUUUGUUGAGGCAUAAAUUUCUUGCAAUCUGUCCGAUGAUCUUCAUGCUCGUCAAGCCGACAUUCAAUCGCCUUCUUGGCUAAAUGGUAUGCGUUUGCCAAGUCUGACUUUGUUUCGGGCUGAAAAUUUAUGAUGUUCAUGAGUCAUUUUGGCAAUAGAAGUGCAUUCUAAUGUUUUGAGGAUUUCUGUUUGAAAUGUUUGUAUGAAGAUUGUUAAUUAAUUAUAUGUGAUUCACAAACUCUAAUUGAUUUA